UUAGGAUGUUAUUAUUUCAUAACAGUACAAUGCUAUGAAAAAAAAUUCAUUUUAUUUUGGCUUAGGUGCUUUUAAUUUAAGAUUGUGCCAUUGGCAUUGUAUAUAACUAUUAGAAAUAUGUUCAGUAUUUAAAGAAAUUACAAUGGCCGGACGUAUAGCUUCUGCCUCAAUAAAAGCGGUCAUCGGAGCUAAACGGCAGACAAAAGCUGCACUCACCUUGACUCCUUCGGCCAUUGGACAACUGAAAAAAAUUCUUUCAGGGAAAACGGAAUAUAUUGGUCUUAAAAUUGGUGUGAAACAACGUGGUUGCAAUGGCCUUAGUUAUACUCUUGACUACGCAAGUGAAAAACAUAAAUUAGAUGAAGAAGUUGUUCAAGAUGGAAUCAGAGUGUUCAUAGAUAGAAAAGCUCAGUUAACACUGCUCGGUACAGAAAUGGAUUAUGUCGAAUCAAAAUUAUCAUCAGAGUUUAUCUUUUACAAUCCCAACAUCAAAGGAAUAUGUGGUUGUGGUGAAAGUUUUAACAUCUGAAUACUGAAUACUCAGUUCGAGGAUGAAUACACAUAGAACCAAUUAUGUUUGACCACAGAAUAAAUAGAAAAGCGUUAGUCAGUGCUUAAUAAGUAAUAAAUAUACAUAAUAUGUGAAACAAGUAAACUCUUAUGAGAAGAACAUUGAUUUAAGUUGUAUAUAUUAUCACUUUUAUUAAUAAAAAAAUUGUUGUUUGUUGAAUA